GUCACAUGUUCCUCCUUCCUUAUACUGGGCCAACGGGUCCACACAUGCAAAGCCACGGGAGCAAGGGAAAUGCAAACGUCAGAGAGUGGGUCAAGAGGCCAGAAUGUGAUAGUUGACAUGGCUGAAGGCAGUGGAGAACACAGCCCAAUGAUUGAAAACAGUGCAAGUCAAACCACUAGCAAUAACAAGAUUGUUUCAAUAGUAGCAUGCUCACGUGACAGAAUGGAAGCUUAUGCUGAAAAUCCUCCAAACUUGGAGUCCGCCUCGGAAAUUGAGGUCUAUCCUCGGGUACGACGUAGGAGACAUUCAAACACUGAAGUUUCAAUUGUUAAAAUAUUCAGUUUAGCCUCAGAUAAAGCCGUGGAUAUGGGGGAAAAUGAUAAGGCCUCGGAUGAAGAUGCCAUCUCGGUGAACUUUGCAGCUAGUUGGGAACGCGAGAGGUAUUUCUAGUGCGCUAAUUAGAGAAGAAUCAAGAAAUUAUAGUUAUUGCAAAAAUAAAUAAUCUUAGUCAUUUCGGAACCCAUGGUAGAUGCUUUUAAAGUUAAUUUUAUUCAUUGAGAUUGUUGUAAUAUGGAAGUGUUUUAAUUUUAUGACGGUAGUAAAAAUUAUGGUAAUACAAUGAAACACUCCAUUCUAGGUGUUUUUAUUAUUUACAUUUUCUGUUUUAAAUUUUAUUUUAGUACAUUGUCUCAAUGUA